AUGUUGUUGAGGUAUCUGAGUGCGGCCGCUCUGGCUCUGCAAUCUGCAAACGCUUUCAAGGACGCUUCGCCUUUCGUUCUCUACUCGACCAGCCACUGUAGAUUGGAAGGCGAGUCUGCCAACGUGAACGUCAUCAGCGCGCAGUCCUUGCAAGAAGGCAUCAACCACCAAAUCGAUGGCUGCCCUUACGGCACAUACGUCUUUGUAUCGCAGCCUGGUGUCUCGACCAACGACCUGACCCUUUCCAAAUCCACACCGCAUCUGCGCCGCCGCCUCUCGGCCAAGGACGACAACGUCAAGUCUGUCUUCACCGCCAAGAAUGUCGUGGGAGAAGUCGAUGCCAUGGCUCUGGUAGCCACAGUCAACCGCGAAUGCAACACCAAGAGUACCUUGCUGCUGGACGGCGAAAAGGGCGAAAUCCCUACCCAGGCCUACGACGCUAUCCACGUUCGCUUCCCCAACCUGCCUACAGAUAAUGACGACCGUGAAUCUGCUCUGCUCCAAGCCGACUCGUACCUGAAUUCGCUGCUCGCAACUCUCGACUCCUACACCGUCAUCUAUGCCCCUCUCGACAACAUAGCCCCUGCUGAAGUUCAGCACCCUGAACAAUAUGAGAUGGACGAGCCAUACCCAUCAAACAUGCACACCGACCUGAAGCGUGAUCUCAACGCUCACAUCGUCCGCGCCAGCAACGCUUCAAACCCCCAGGCCGACUUGCCCUUGUUCGAGAAGUACCAGUUCCUCUCACCUGGAAUUUUCAUGGGAGGUGUCGUCAGCAUUCUCCUCUUCUCCAUCCUCUAUGUUGGAAUCAGCGCCAUUGCAAACCUUGAGGUCUCGUACAUGGCCUUCAGCAAGGAGAUGGGGCCCGCCGCCCAGAAGAAGCAGCAGCAGUAG